AACAUGGAGGAGGAGCUUAAAGUGUUCUUUGAGGACUGCGGAAGACAGGAGUUUUCCAGCAAGGAAAUGCUGGAUAUAUGUCAGCCCUUAAUUUGGAGAAUUCGGAUGGCUAGAAUUAGAAAAUGGUGCUUAAUCCUAUUGCCCCUGGUCUUGGUUUAUUUGCUUUGGCUGUUGAGCGACACUUUUGUUUGGUGGUUGAGUGCAAUAGGACGUUUGCUGCUCAUCCAGAUCCUCCCUCUCUGGGAUUGGACACCUUACUAUAAUGCCAAGUGUUUGAUUCUAAGGGAUCAAUCUGUUCAGGAAAAGCCACCUCCACUGGGAAAAGAUAAAACCCUUUGGCAAAACUGUGCUCUUUGUGAAACGUUGGAGGGAAUUUCCACUGCUUCGAAUAUAACCUACUCAACAUUGGAGUCUGAGUAUUUAGAAAGGGGAUUGCCAGUUAUUAUAACAGAUGCAGGAUUGGAAAUGGAUGUCCGUCAACUCCUGGAGGUUAUAAAUAAGAAAUCACCUCAGUGGCUAGAUAGUGAACCCUGUGAUGUCUCCAGUAGUUUGCUGUUGAGAAAAUUGUUUAACCUGCAGGCGGCUGUGGAGAAGAUUCACUUCUCUGGGCCUUGGCAUCUUCAACUGAGAAACUGCCAAAAGAAGGCGGUGAAGUCCUCUCGCCUGUUUCUGGAACGUCCCUACUACUACCCUUUCCACCUGGCUCCAUACUACUCCAGCUGGUUGCUGGCAGUCCAUCAGCAAAAGCGAAAGCAAGCGGAGAUUUACGUUCGUGGCCUGGUUAUCAUGCAGCAACUCAGUGGUCAUUUUGAUGUAGUUCUCCAUCCAAAGGAUCCCUGCGAUAAGGACUUAUGUCCCAGCUUGCGGAUGCGCUUGAAUGCAGGAGAGGGUCUGAUCUUCACCACGGAUAUUUGGAGUCUCAGUUACGGAUUGGAGAAACCCCACUCCAAGCAGAGUUCCCUGGCUAGCGUCUUCGAAAUUGACUGGCAGCAGUAGUCAUCGAAUCCCGCG